UCUGUUCUGUUUGUCUCUACCCUGAUUUUGUUGGAACAAUGGUAAUAUAACAACAUCGAUUUAGGUUUUCGUCCUUCUUUCAUCGAUUCAAGACAACAACAGUGUUUUGUUUUCUAGGUGGCUCACUCUUCUUUUGGUUUUGUUGUGGACGUGAAGGCUUCCUUCAACCGCAAUUUUCGGUGCCUUAUUUUCAAUUUGUAAUGUGCAAAAUUUAGCAUCAUUUAAUGAUUCUACCACCUACUCUCUUUUGUGUUUUCUUCGUCUACCUGAUCCCAAUUAUUAUUUAUUUAUUGAAACUCACAUCUGUGUUUGUUCCAAGACUUCAUCUUUUACAUCAUAAUUGUAAUCAUUAGACUUUUGGAUUUAUUGGAUCCAAUCAUUCCUUGGUACUUCUUUGGGUACCUUCUAUUUUCUGUAUCAGCAAUCAGUGGUGGCCGUGGCAGAGUUAGAAUUCACAUACCUUCAGGAUCCUGUCAUUUCACUGUGAAUUUGUUCGGUGGGACCCUAAUAAAUCUUCAGUUCGUGAUUCCCUGAGAAAUACGCUACUACACACAUAAUUGUGAAGUUGUCAUUUUAGUAAUUGUUGGGUUUUGUAUGUAUGAUUUGGGAGUGGUUAUGCCUGUGGGAAUGAAUUUGCCUCCUCCUUUUACUGUGAUAGAGGACAAAGACAGUGCAUUUCCGAUGGAAGAUGAUAAAUCAGGUGAUUUGGAUAAUCUAAAACCAAUGACCAAGGGUAAGCCUCCGCGGCAUGUUUCGAGUUUGAGGCACAGCGUUAGCACCACCAGAUUGAUGGCAGUAGCAGAUUUGAGUUUGGAUGUGGGGGUUACUGGAAGCAAGUCAUCUUCUGAAGAAAAGACGGAGUUUCUACCAAUAUUUCGGUCAGGAAGUUGUGCUGAAAGAGGACCUAAACAGUAUAUGGAAGACGAACACGUAUGCAUUGAUGAUCUUAUUCAGCAUAUGGGUCCUGCCUCAACUAUUCCUUUACCUGGAGCUUUUUAUGGGGUGUUUGAUGGCCAUGGUGGUACAGACGCAGCUUUGUUCAUAAGAAAUAACAUCCUCAAAUUCAUAGUUGAAGACUCCCAUUUUCCAACCUGCGUGGGGCAGGCAAUUACAAGUGCGUUUCUGAAAGCAGAUUAUGCAUUUGCAGAUUCUAGUUCUCUCGAUAUCUCCUCUGGGACCACUGCUUUAACUGCUCUUGUAUCCGGAAGGAACAUGAUAGUUGCGAAUGCCGGGGACUGCAGAGCUGUACUGGGGAGGCGAGGUAGAGCAAUUGAGAUGUCAAAAGACCAGAAACCAGAUUGCAUUUCGGAAAGGCUAAGGAUUGAGAAACUUGGUGGAGUGGUGUACGAUGGAUACCUGAAUGGGCAGUUAUCUGUUUCCCGUGCCUUGGGAGACUGGCACAUGAAGGGUCCGAAGGGUUCUGCGUGUCCCUUGAGUUCUGAGCCAGAGCUGCAGGAAAUCAUCCUCACUGAGGAUGACGAGUUCUUGAUCAUGGGCUGUGACGGCCUGUGGGAUGUAAUGAGUAACCAAUUUGCUGUGACAAUGGCAAGGAAAGAACUAAUGAUACAUAAUGAUCCUCAAAGGUGUUCAAGAGAACUGGUUAGAGAGGCUCUCAAGCGUAACUCCUGUGAUAAUUUGACUGUUAUAGUCAUAUGUUUCUCCCCAGAUCCUCCUCCUAGGAUAGAGACACCUCCUUCUCGGGUAAGGAGGAGUAUAUCAGCAGAAGGUCUCAAUUUACUUAAGGGUGUGUUGGAUUCUUAGUGUUGUUUCCUUAUGGUUGUUUAGGUUUAGAAAGGAUGGAUAUUGUUGUGUGUAUAAAAAUCUGAUACUGAUCAUUGUUAUGGAGGUUGCUGGAGGAUCUUCUCUCUCCAUUGCUGCCCCAUACAUUUCGAGCUUAUUUUUAUCUGUUCACCUUCCUAACUCCCGUUAGAUCUGUCUUGUUGUACAUAUGAGAUUAUGAGAUCACAAGUUUCUUCAGUUUCGUGGAUUAUAUUCA